AAAUGACACUAAAGACUUGAUAUUAAAGACUUUUUUGACUAAAUUUUGAAUUAGAAAAGUAAUUACUAUGUUGGUAAUUUUAGGGAAAUCCAUACUACAUAAUUCGCAAUUAUUUAAAUGUUGUAAUACUAAAAAAAUAGUAUUUUAAAUCCAAAAUAAUUUGUAUGAAAUGUAUGACUUUCAGACAAAUAUCAGAUUUUUUAAUUAAAUUAUUGUUAGACGAAUACUCCCUUAUUACAUCUUAUUGUAUAUUUUGAAUUAAAGUGCUCUUCUAUCUCUUUUUAUCACAGCGCCAUUACAACUAGAAAAAGAGACGAGUACUUAAGUAAAAUCAGUGCAAUUAGACUGAUUUAGUUUUUAUCAAUAAUGGGGGUAAAAUUUGUAGUUUACGUGCCUAAAUGAUAAUAAAGAAACCGGUAUCGGUGACGAUUGUAGAUUUUAUAUAAUCUAUUAGUUCAUACAGCUUCAUGAUAUAAGUAGUUUUUUAUGACCCAUAAUACGAUCACAAAUCAAAUUCAAAACAAAAGCUAUCAACGGUCAAUAUGUUCUGGGACACGUAAGCUUUAAUUCGUUCGUGAAUGUGUGGUCCAUGAAUUCAAUAUUAUUUAGCUACAAAAUAUUAUGUAGGUAUAUUGCAGAUUAUCAAUUUAUUUUCUUUUAUGUAUCUAUAAUUAUGGCACUUUUUCCGAAACGUCAACUAUUGAAAUUUCAUAUAAAUCAGUAGUUUUACGUUGAUUUUUUUAUAAUAUUCGUUUACAUAUAUUAUAUAAUUAUAUAAUGUGUAUCAUGAACGCUAUAAAUGAUCACGUCUUUGUCGGUCCAAUUGAAUGAAUUGCCGCCAAUGGGACUUCAAGGUAAUAGAAAUCACAAUGAGUUCAAGAAAACGCAAACCUCAAGAAACAUAUAUACGAAGUGUUAUAAGGGAAUAUCAAAAGGAAAUCAUUCGUUUUCUCGAAACCAUAUCGAAAGCUCAAAUGGAUAACUUCACAAAAUUACGUAAAGAAUUAAGAGAAAUUAAAACGAAAAUGUGUGGUAUAAAUGAAACUACUAGAUUUAACAUUGAUCGUAAUGUUGAAAUUGAAUUAGAAGCUAUUGAAUCGGAGAACAGGUGUUUAAGAGAGAAACUGAAGAACUUGGAAAAAACCUUAAUUCAUAUAAAAAAAUCGGCUAUUACGCGCAAAGACGAAAAAGUUCAUAAUUAUUUUCAAAUAAAAUGCUUAAAAGGGCCCACAGACAAAGAUAAUGAAAUUUUAGCUCAUAAUAAAAACGAAGUAACUGGUAUUCAAAGAAUCGAAGACGUACCUCCGCCGAAAAAACUCGCUGAACAAAUAUCAAAGUUACGUGCAUCACAGUCACCCAUAGCAAUUUCAGUGAACCGGUGUCCGACCUGGUCAUCAUUAGACCCUCUAAAGUUUAAAGGAUACUGGAAUAAUGACUCCCACGGGGUUCUCCUAAAUACUGGACAGACAGCAUAUUUCACAUUUGACUCUGCAACACGGCCGAUAUUGAGUGGUGGUCCGCUGAUAGGGGAGUACAUAUUUGAGCAGAUGCAUUUUCAUUGGUCGGUUGAUGACUUCACUGGCUGCGAACAUGUGCUUGAUGGACAUGGAUACGCAGCAGAAUGCCAUCUCGUACAUUAUAAUAGUAAAUAUGAAUCUAUGGAGGUAGCUGUGGCAAACCCUGAUGGUUUGGCAGUCGUGGGAUUUCUUCUAGAAGCCGUUGAUGCUCCUAACCCAAGCUUUGACUGGUUUGUUGAGGCCUUGGACCAGAUUAAGAAGCAAGAUAAUGCUGUUCAAUUACCUUCAGCGUCGCUAGCUUGGAUGGAUCGAGCGGAAGUAACAACUGGUAGCUACGUUACGUACAAAGGAUCUUUAACAACGCCGCCAUACACAGAAUGUGUUACUUGGAUUAUAUAUGAGAAACCAGUCCAGAUUGGUAGCGAACAGCUGGGACUUUUAAGACAAUUGGAGGGUGUCGACAAAACGCCGAUCGAGCGGAACGUAAGGCCCACGCAACGGCACCCACCUGGACACUCCGUUAUUUACGUUAAACAAGUGAAAGCGAAACUGUGACCAAAUAUUUGUUAUUGUAUUAUAUUUAUUUCAAAUGA